AUGGGCAUUCUGCUUGUCAUUAUGCCGUCUUGUACAUGUCUUCUUUUUCCUGAUGGGCAUGAGCUUGAGUCCAAACAAAAAUUGGUGGCUCACCUGCUCGAGUUAAAGAUUUUGAAGAGGAACGGCAGAGAUGGGUCUGCCAAUCGUGAACAAGUGUCGAACAUGGCCAGCGGGAAUUCUCGUACUGCCUCCGAUGAAGUUGUCCACAUGGUACCUCUUGGAAUGUCAAGUGAUGUCCCCGAAGAGCAUGGGCUGGCUGAUAGGCUGGUCGCCCUUACUCUGACUGAUGAGGGUCCUAAUGCGAGAGAUCAGUCGAGCAAGCUCUGGUCGUCACGGCGCGAGUUCCAGUCAUCUCACGAAGGAGAUAUACCUAGUAAAUUUAAAAAGGUAUCUAUCAACGACACUCAAAAUAGCAUUUCCGCUGUUGCGAACGAGGCUUUGAACCCGCUACAAACAUGUUCCAACUCUUCUCCCGCCAAUCCUACUUCAAAACCUAUGGCACAUCCAUUGCGCUCGCCUAGGACAUGGCAAAGACAAGCGAUACCAUGUUCAGCCGCGUUGGCGGCCCGUCACCCAACCCCAGCACCUCUCACUCAUGCAGAGAAUAUCAUUGAGUGCAUCGAGGAUGAGGCUAAGCUUCUUCUCGAUAGACUUCGCUCAUGGCAUGAGGUGGAUACCCAGGAUACUAGCCAGGUCUCUGAUAGGAGGGAGCAGCUGAAAGCAGUGGAUCUCAAUCUAAAAAAUUUAUGCGAAUCCCUCUCUCGAGUUAAAUAUGGACACAAGAAUGUUUUGCAUGGCCGGAAAGCCGAUGUUGUUAACGUACUCCGGCAGAUAGACAACAUUCUUCAAAUAUACGAUGCACAUCUUCCUGAGGUUGAAACACCUGUGAAACCGCUGGAGUAUGAUGCCGGUUAUGUAUUUGUGCACCCCUUGGAAAAGGUGUUAGUUGACAGUUAA